AUGAUUUUACGACGUGAUCCAUGCGGUGUUCUGUGUGCACUUCUCAGUUAUGUGGCCAUGAUUUAUGCCGACUACGUUGUCAUCAAUUGGCUUGUUACACCAACUUUCUCACAAAGUAUAUGGGGUGUGAUACACGUGGUUCUCUUCAAUACGGUGCUGCUCCUGGCGUUUAUAGCACAUUUUCGGGCAAUGGUCACAGAUCCAGGUAUUGUACCGAUCAACAAAAAUGCUAUGAUUAAUAGAAGAAGUAUUGAUUCACAUCUGUAUGGUCAUUCGACGAACUCAUUCUCCGAGAACGAUGACUCAGACUCUGGUACAGAUAUUAUGAUGCUGAAACCUAAAUACGUGGGUGAAGACUGGUCAAUUUGUACGCGAUGUGAAUCAUAUCGGCCACCACGCGCCCAUCAUUGUCGUGUAUGUCGGCGUUGCGUUCGCAAAAUGGAUCAUCAUUGUAAAUUGAUUCAUCAUUACUAUUAUCAUUAUUGCUGUUGUUUUUGUUAUUAUGUCUUCCUCUCGAGACGCAUUCAUUCAUUUCCAGGUCCAUGGGUAAAUAAUUGUGUUGGUGAAUUUAAUCAGAAAUAUUUCUUACAGUUCCUUCUCUAUGUUGGUCUUGCGUCUAGCUAUGCGUUAGGACUUGUCAUUGCCGCUUGGGUUUAUCAUGAUCGACAGGACAAUAUUUCAACUACAAGAGAAUUAUAUACACAAAGCACUCAGCAUGCUAGAAUUUUACACACGAUUUUUGUUUCAAUUGAAAGCGCGUUAUUCGGUUUAUUUGUGUGCGCAGUCUCAUGUGAUCAGGCCGUGCAACGCGGUAGUAGUAGGCUGAAAAAAGUGGUAAAACGUUCGAAAAAGAAUUUACUGGGUGAAGUUUGUGGCACAGAGCGCAUGAUUUCAGAUUCAAUAGUAAUGUGGUUUUUACCGUGUUCGUCAAUGAGAUUCGAGCGUGAGGUUGUUCAGUUUGCGCACAAUUCACAAUUUGAUGUUUAA